GAAAUAAAUUUAAAAAAACAAACGUCAACGUCAUUCAUUUCAUGAACGGACGCAUUGUUUGUAUUACUGAGCAAUGAUAAAAUAAAGUGUUUUUAAUAGUAAUUAUGGCGGAUAUAGGCAAUUUAUUUGAUUGUUUUGAAGAAAGUGAACAGAACGAAGCUGCAGUUCAGUUCCCAAAUGUCCCGAAGGACAAGGAUAAGUCUAAUAAUGAAGAUAGUCAGCUUGAAGUAGAACCUGUAAGUAGCAAGAGACCACACGAAGAGGUGCAGUAUGCAGAUACCACUCAAACUAAGAGAGCUAAGAAUGAUGAAGAUGAUGCUGAGUUGAUCAGUGAUAUAAAUGUAGAACUCUUGAGCUCACGGAUAGUAAUUCAUACUUUGGAAACCCACGAAGGCUGUACGCACGAGGUGGCUAUACCACCCAACCAUGAUUAUGCUGCACUCGUACCUAUCACUGGUGAACCAGCCAAACAGUACAGCUUCAUUUUGGAUCCGUUUCAAAAGGAAGCAAUCUUGUGCAUUGAUAACCUACAGUCUGUGUUGGUGUCUGCCCACACCUCUGCUGGAAAAACAGUGGUGGCAGAGUAUGCCAUAGCGCUGUCUCUAAAGAAUAAGCAGAGAGUCAUAUACACAACACCUAUAAAAGCUCUGUCCAAUCAGAAGUACAGAGAGUUCUCGGAAGAGUUCCAUGAUGUAGGUUUGAUAACCGGAGACGUAACAAUUAAUCCAUCAGCUUCAUGUCUUAUUAUGACCACUGAGAUUUUAAGAAACAUGUUAUACAGAGGUUCAGAAGUAAUGAGAGAAGUCGGUUGGGUUAUCUUUGAUGAAAUCCAUUAUAUGAGAGAUAAAGAGAGAGGUGUUGUCUGGGAAGAGACAUUGAUUCUUCUACCCGACAAUGUGCACUACGUUUUCCUGUCUGCCACGAUCCCCAAUGCGCGUCAGUUCGCCGAGUGGGUCUGUCGGCUGCACUCGCAGCCUUGCCACGUGGUGUACACCGAAUACAGACCCACGCCACUACAGCAUUACAUAUUCCCAGCUGGUGGCGAUGGUAUACAUCUGGUUGUUGAUGAAAAGGGCAUGUUCAAAGAGGACAACUUCAAUACAGCCAUGGCGGUGCUCGGCAACGCCGGCGACGCGGGCAAGGGAGACCAACGCGGGCGGCGCGGUGGGCCCCGCGGCAACAACCAGACGAAUAUAUUCAAUAUCGUCAAGAUGAUCAUGGAGAGGAACUUCGCGCCGGUUAUCAUCUUCAGUUUCAGUAAGAAGGACUGCGAGGCGUAUGCCAUGCAGAUGGCGAAGCUUGAUUUUAAUACAAUUGAAGAAAAGAAAUUAGUGGACGAAGUAUUCAACAAUGCAAUGGAUGUUCUCUCAGAAGAAGAUAGAAAGCUACCUCAGGUGGAAAACGUAAUUCCUCUGCUGCGACGCGGCAUUGGCAUCCAUCAUGGUGGUCUUUUACCUAUACUCAAGGAGACUAUUGAGAUCUUGUUCGGUCUUGGGCUUAUAAAAGCACUAUUCGCGACAGAAACCUUUGCUAUGGGCUUGAACAUGCCUGCUAGAACAGUGGUGUUCACCAGUUGCCAGAAAUUUGACGGAAAGGACUUCCGAUAUAUAACGUCUGGCGAGUAUAUCCAGAUGUCUGGUCGCGCGGGACGUCGAGGACUUGACGACAAGGGUAUCGUCAUCCUGAUGAUAGACCAGAAGGUCACUCCGAGUGUUGUUAAGAACAUGGUACAAGGCAAGGCUGACCCUAUCAAUUCUGCUUUCCAUCUCACUUACAAUAUGGUCCUGAAUCUACUGAGAGUGGAGGAGAUCAACCCAGAAUACAUGUUAGAAAGAAGUUUCUUUCAGUUCCAAAAUCAGGCAGCCAUACCGGAUCUCAUAGACAAGGUGAAAGCAAAGCAAAAAGAAUACGACGCGCUGACGGUUCAAGAGGAGCACUCCAUAGCCUCGUAUUGUAGCACGCGCUCGCAGCUGGAUCUCUUGGGCGCGCAGUUCCGUUCCUUCAUCACGCGCCCGGAGUACCUCAAGCCUUUCCUGCAGCCGGGCAGGCUGGUCAAGGUGAAAACCGAAAAAUACGAAUACGACUGGGGUAUAAUAGUGAACUUCCGACACAAGAUGAACCGGGGCAAAAAAGAUAAGGACAAGGAUCAGAACCCACUGACCGCAGAGCCAGCUAUCGUAGUGGACAUACUGCUGCACGUGAAAAAAGCUGUAGGAGACGAGAUCGAUACCAACGUGCCCUGCCCUCCUGGUGAGUCAGGUGACGUAGAAGUUGUGCCGGUUCUUCACACCCUGAUCUACCAGAUCAGUUCGCUUCGCGUGUACUAUCCUAAGGACUUGCGACCUCCCGACAGCCGCAAGUCGGUACUAAAGACCAUAGGGGAAGUGAAGAAAAGGUUCCCUGAGGGACCCCCGCUGCUAAACCCGAUCAAAGACAUGAAGAUAGAGGACAAAGUGUUCAAAGAGUGUGUUGACAGAAUAGAAAAGCUGGAAGAAAGACUUUACGCACACCCUCUCCACGUUGACAAAAAUCGCGGAGCCCUAACGGCUUCCUACGAGAAGAAACAGGAACUAUUAGAAGAAUUGAACCAAGUGAAGUCCGAACUAAGGAAAGCCAAGAGCAUACUGCAAAUGGAUGAGCUGAAGAAGAGAAAACGAGUGCUCAGGCGACUGGGGUACUGCACCACUGCUGACGUCAUAGAGAUGAAGGGUCGGAUAGCUUGUGAAUUGAGCAGUGCGGACGAGCUACUCCUAACCGAGCUGAUAUUCAACGGCGUGUUCAACGCGCUGUCGUCGGAACAAAGCGCGGCGUUGGUCAGCUGUUUUGUGUGCGACGAGAACUCCUCGCAGAACUCCACCACCGGCGAAGAGAUGCGAGGCGUGCUUAGGCAACUGCAGGAAUACGCGCGCCGAAUAGCGAAGGUGUCGAUCGACGCGAAGAUGGACCUCGACGAGGAUAACUACGUCAGCAAGUUCAAGUGGACGCUCAUGGACGUAGUACUCGCCUGGUCUAAGGGCGCCUCCUUCCUGCAGAUCUGCAAGAUGACCGACGUGUUUGAGGGUUCAAUAAUCCGCUGCAUGCGUCGCCUAGAAGAAGUCCUACGGCAGCUGUGCCAAGCCGCCAAGAACAUCGGCAACACCGACCUAGAGAACAAGUUUAGCGACGCCAUCAAGCUGCUGAAGAGAGACAUCGUCUUCGCCGCCAGUCUGUACAUGUAG